CGCAGGUUACCGUCAGCAGCGCGUGACCGGCGACAGCAGUGCGCGUGCGGAGAUAUUCGGUUCCGUUACUCAGCCUCAGCGAACCGAACACACCCGGUACACACCCGGUAACCGACCGAUCCAGCGCGAUGAGCGGCGGCGUGUACGGCGGAGAUGAAGUGGGUGCUUUGGUGUUUGACAUCGGCUCCUUCUCCACCAGAGCAGGAUAUGCAGGAGAGGACUGUCCAAAGGCAGAUUUCCCCACCACUAUAGGAGUGAACACUGAAGAGGAGGGGCCAGCUGACAUGGGGGCGGAGCAAGAGAGCAACAAGAGCAACAGUGGGCGGAGUUAUUACAUAGACACCACAGCCCUGCAUGUGCCACGGGCGGGUGUAGAACUCAUCUCUCCACUGAAGAACGGCAUGAUUGAGGACUGGAACGCAUUUCAAGCCAUAAUCGACCACAUCUACAGCAAACAUAUCAAAUCGGAGCCCAGUUUACACCCUGUUCUGAUGUCUGAAGCUCCUUGGAACUCACGGGCGAAGAGAGAAAAGCUAACAGAACUCAUAUUCGAGCAUUACAACAUCCCCGCCUUCUUCCUGUGCAAGACCGCCGUGCUCACUGCCUUUGCUAACGGUCGAGCCACGGGCCUCGUGCUGGACAGCGGAGCCACGCACACCACUGCCAUCCCAGUGCAUGAUGGGUACGUCCUGCAGCAAGGGAUCGUCAAGUCUCCUCUGGCCGGUGAUUUCAUCUCCAUGCAGUGUCGAGAGCUGUUUCAGGAGAUGAACAUCGACACGGUUCCUCCGUACAUGAUCGCUUCUAAGGAGCCCGUGAGGGAAGGAGCUCCGCCGCUCUGGACCAAGAAGGACAAACUCCCUCCCGUCACCAAGUCCUGGCACACGUACAUGUGCAACGAGGUGAUUCAGGAUUUCCAGGCGUCGGUGCUGCAGGUGUCUGACUCUCCGUAUGAUGAACAGGUUGCCGCUCAGAUGCCGACGGUGCACUAUGAGAUGCCGAGUGGCUACAGCACAGAUUACGGAGCCGAGAGGUUACGGAUCCCCGAGGGCCUGUUCGAUCCGUCCAAUGUGAAGGGUCUGUCCGGUAACACCAUGCUGGGCGUCGGACACGUGGUCACUACCAGCAUCGGCAUGUGUGACAUCGACAUCCGGCCGGGUCUGUAUGGCAGCGUGAUUGUGACCGGAGGAAACACACUCCUGCAGGGCUUCACGGAGAGACUCAACAGAGAACUGUCUCAGAAAGCACCGCCAAGCAUGAGACUGAAGCUGAUCGCCAGCAACAGCUCCAUCGAGAGGAGAUUCAGCUCCUGGAUCGGAGGAUCAAUCCUUGCAUCACUGGGAACCUUCCAGCAGAUGUGGAUCUCAAAGCAGGAGUAUGAUGAGGGAGGAAAACAGAGCGUGGAGAGAAAAUGCCCCUAAGCGCGCACACACACACACACACACACA